UUUUUUUUCCACCUCGGUGAAAUUCAGGACUAAGGACGAAGUAUCUACACUAACAUAUACAUCCAGGAGGUUGACCUUACAGGACCAGGGACAGUGUUAUUUCACAUCAUCAUUUCAAAACCCUCCCGUCGCAUCAAAUCUUAAAAACUUAUAUAAGUAGAUCAGCGUGAAUUUCGCUCUUCCCUUCUUUCCUUUCCUUUAUUCUUACUUUCGACCGUCAAACUCUCUGCUGGUCAGAGAAUAUUACGAGCAUAGAACAGGCCCCAAGCCAUGACUCGAUAUCUUUUGAUUUUUGUCUCACUUGUUAUUUCGACUAUGACACUUACGCAUGCCACACCAGUCCUCCGUCGUGCACCAACGGAAGCUCCAUUCAUUGAAGGAGUAAACUCAAAAAGUCAAAUUUUGGGAGCACACGAUCGUCCAUGGAUCUUGGGGUUGUAUGGCGCAGAUGUUGAUUACCGGCGAAUGUCCUCCUUCAAAACAAAAUUUCAUGGUGUAAAAAUUGGCAACGAAAUAUCGACCCCGGAUCGCGAAGAUCGUCGAACGCAGCUUGCCAUUGUCAACAGUGAAAAGGGCACUUUAGCAAAAGGCUUUUUGUACGAAGAGGACCGUGACAAAUGGGAAGCCACUGCGGAAUUAAAAGCUCUCGAAGCUACUUCAAAACGGACUGACGUUGCUGCGGGAACAAUUAGCGAUUGGCCAGUGCCUGGUGCGAGGCGGUUUGUUAUCCUGAUGAAGAAUGUAGGGGGAGAGGACCUCUUCGAAUCCAAUUGUUAUAAGAAGGCUGCAAAGGAUCCGAAAAAGCUCGACAAAUUGAACAAGCAGCUUUACGCCAAAUUGCACGAUGUGGUUUACCAGUUUGCCAGCGGAAAGCAGAUACUGCAUGCCGACUUUCACACUGGCAAUCUUCGUAUUACCUUUAGUAGUCUGUCCUGUAACAUCAAGAGUAUCGCUCUCAUCGACUGGGGUUAUCCUGGUAUCUUCACUGUCGAGCGCGGCCUAUCUCGGGAGGAUUUCGACCCAUGGUUUCUUGCACGCUACAAAAAUCGCCUAUACGAUGAACCCAAUGAAGCCAAUUAGGAACCUAUAACUCUAAGAAGUACUGUUACUCGUGAAAGGCAUGGACCAUGUUGUGGUGUCUUAUGGUGGAGCGGAAAUUUCGGUAGUGUAGGCCUACGUAACAGACUGCAAAGACAGAACUCAGGAAUGAGCACGAUACUGGGGUAUUAAGGUGUAACAUCUCUUUCUCAUAUGGUCAGUCGAUUUUCAUGCGGAUUACAUGUGAGUCGCGAGACUCGGAUGUUAGUAGUAUGUACAUACUUCAAAUUAUUAGGGAAUAACGAUAAAAUCAAGCAGGAUCACAAAAACU